GGAGGAGGGAGGGAUGAGGGGGGGCGCUGAGAUGUUGUUACCUGGAAGAUGGCUGCUGUUCCAACAGCCACAUCAUGAUGCCCAGAAAAAAUGGAGAAAGAGAGGAAAAGAGAGAUAAGCAAUUCUGCCAAGAUUUCCAUCUAAGCAACAAAUAGGAGCAGAGGAUCCAGGAGACAUCCCUUUCUGGGGGAACCAUCCCUUGUUGGGGAACCAUCCCUUCCUGGGGGAGCCAGCCCUUCCUGAAUCCCCAAUCAGCUAUGGACAGAGACUACAUUGUGAGGGUCCGAGCAGUGGUGAUGUGUAGGGACGAUUCUAGUGGGGGCUGGGUUCCUAUGGGAGGAGGCGGUCUCAGCCACGUCAUGAUUUGCAAAGUGCGGCGGCCAGAGACUUCCCACCAACGGGAUUUCGUCAUCCGUGGGGAAAGACUGAGGGAUCAGACAACUAUUCUGGAGUGCGUCUUGAAGAAGGGUUUGGUGUACAACAAGGCCAAUCCAAUCUUUCACCACUGGAGGGUAGAGGAGAGCAAGUUUGGUUUGACAUUCCAGAGCCCAGCUGAUGCAGUAACAUUUGAAAGAAGUGUACAGACUGCCAUGGAGGAACUGGAAGAAGGAUCCCUUUCACAUUCAUCAUCCUCAUCAUCAUCUUCCUCUACACCAGGAGAAGCAGAAGCUUUGGAAGAUGCAAUGCCUCUACAUACAGAUAGCGAGUCCUCCUCUAACAGUCGAAAGGAGAUGCUACCAAAACACAUAACCAUCGUUACUAGUGAGUCCUCAUCCAGCUGCUAUGUAAGAUCCCCCAUGUCUGAGGAUUUUGGGUUCAGCACUGGUCCAUCAGUCAGUCCUACAACACAGUCCCAGCCACUACAGAGACUAUCUUUCCACGAUGAAGAAGAACUGGAAAGCAUCAACCCAUGCAAAGACCUUUGGGUAUCAAAGGGUUAUGAAGAUUACCGUCGUGCAGCCUUGCAGAGGACUGAACAGCCGAAGUCUGAUCUGAGAGUUCACUUUCAAAAAGCCAGUGGAAGUAAAGCUAAGGAAAGACACUUCCAAGGAGCCACAGAAACAGAAUUAACAGAAAGUGAAGGGCCCCUGAAAGACCCUAGGGCCUCCCCUUCCUGUCGAAUACAUGGUACUCCUUCUCCUAAAUCUAAGGAACAUCCUAAUGUCCUUGGAGAGGAGGACACAGCCACUGCCCGCUGUGUUUACUGCAGGGACGUGUUUACCAGUGAGGAGAAUGGCAGGGGGCAGUGCCAGGAUGCUCCUGACCCUAUUGAGCGUUGUGUCUACCAACUGUCUUGUAUGUGGUGCGCUGAAAGCCUUCUGUACCACUGCAUGUCAGACUCUGAAGGUGAAUAUUCGGACCCUUGCUCCUGUGAUCCAGGACACCCCCACUUUUGUGUACGUUGGGCUGCCCUGGUGGCCUUGUCUCUUGUAGUUCCCUGCAUGUGCUGCUACUUCCCAUUGCGGGCUUGCCAUUGGUGUGGAGAACAUUGUGGCUGUUGUGGGGGGAAGCAUAAAGCAGUGCGAUGAGAGGAGGAGAACUGGGAGGAAGGAGGAAAGUAAAAUGUUCAACCUGUGGCAUCUGAGGAGCCACUUUCUAUUUACAUGGCAGAUUAUGCAUAAACCUUCAGGUGGUAGAAGUGGCCGCGGAAAUACGUGUAUUCUUUUGGAAGGGAUGCGGUUGCUGAACCAAUGGCCUACCAAAAAUGGGAAAGGGAAAUUUGUAAGUUAAACAACAUUCCUUCAAUGUGAGCAAAUGCAGAAUCUUUAAUGUGAGAGAGUUAUGUCCCACCUAGAACCCUACUGAGGUAAGGAUAGUGAUCUGGAUCAGUAAGUGUUAUUCAAUACAUACAUCAAGUGAGAAAUAUUUUUCACCUGGUGGAAAAAUUACAGGGUCCUAUGUUAUUUUAUGGACUCUAAAAUACUCACUAAAGUGUCUGUCAUCUCACUAGCGUAAACCAUAGAUUCCAUAAAAUAGCAUGGGAUGGUCAAAUGAGUUUUUCAUAACUUAGAGCAGCAUUCAUUACUCUGGGCUGUCUGGCUGCUGCCGCUCUAAAAGAAUUAUGGUGGCUGUAUUUCAGCAACAGGUGAAGACCUGAAGGACAAAUAUCUCUGUCUGUCGACCUUAUCCCUUUGAGCUGGAAAACUUAUGAAAAAUACCAAAUGUCAAGCUGCAUACACUUUGCACAUCAAUGCAUUUUUCAUAAGCAUUCUACUUAAAGAUAUGCACUGGCAAUGCUGAUGUAGGAGAAAACCAGGUCACUUCCAAUUCCAGGAGAACGUUGCUAGAAUGAAAUAUAUGAGGUUACAUUUCUUUAAAUGUUCUUAUGCUUGUGCAACAAAAAUGUAACCGCUUUUUAUUGCACUGAUUGGAUUCCAUACUGGAUCCCCCAUGAAUAGGAUACACAUAAUAAAUUAUUUCUCUAUUGUG